CAACGAAUUCAUUCAUUUCAUACUCAAUACCGCAAGAAACAAUGUUGCGACUCCUAAAAUUAUCUUUGAUAAUAAUUGGUGUUCUAGGAAAACCAUCUAAUGAGAAAUGCAAACUGACGGACAAACCCUGCAUGUUGAAAUUGGUCAACACCCUCUACACGUCACUCUUUAGUGUAAGCGGAGACUUAGACCCCAUGAACGUAGACGUUAUAGAGGGAAUCUUUCCAACUCUGAAGUACAACGCCACGGACACGCACAUCAAAGGGUUGAAGAACUGUCAGAUAGUGGAAUUAAGCUUUGACUUGGACAAACACGUUUUGGAUAAGACGUUCAUGUGUCCUCAUUUGGAGUGGGAUGGUAAAUACGAAAUGACUGGCACACUCAAUGGUGCAUCAAUGGAAGGGACUGGAACUUAUUCACAAAGUGCUUCAAACUAUGGCUUUCGCUUUCACGCUACUACAGACUUGCAAACCAGGGAUGGAAAGACGUUCAUUAGCUUCAAAGACGUAAAGGUGGUUGUGGACCCGCAGGAGAUGGUUGUGACCGAGAUAAAUAGUAACGGAGACAAGAAAAAAGCCAAAGAGAUGCUCAGACUAUUUAGUGAAAAUUGGAAAGAAAACAUUAAGGCACUACAUGGGCCCCUCAUGACUGCAUAUGUUAACGAGAUAGCCAAAGUUGCUAACGAAUUUUACCAACACAAUACCUUAGAGGAUUAUGUAAUACUGUAAUUUUAUUGUUAAAACAACCCGGAUAUGCCCUUAUUUUGAUUUUGAUAAUUGUUAAUUUAUUUUAUUAGUUUAAUAACAAACCAUUUCACAAUGUAUUCACUUUGAAAAUAAUAAAUUUAUUUUGCUGCAA